UGCUUUUCUCUUCCCCAACCUGUUCUUUCUCACUCCUCUGUUCUCUCACUCGUCGAUCAUUUCAUUUCUCUUCGUCCUUUGUAGCUAUGUCGAGCACUGCUGGUCAGGCCAUCAAGUGCAGAGCUGCGGUGGCAUGGGAGGCUGGCAAGCCGCUUUCCAUGGAGGAAGUAGAGGUAGCACCGCCACAGGCUGGUGAAGUGCGUCUGAAGAUCCUUUUUACCUCUCUUUGCCACACUGAUGUUUACUUCUGGGAGGCCAAGGGCCAGACUCCAUUGUUUCCUCGUAUAUUCGGUCAUGAAGCUGGAGGAGUCGUGGAGAGCGUUGGCGAGGGUGUGACUCAUCUGAAACCGGGAGACCAUGCCCUCCCUGUAUUUACAGGAGAAUGUGGGGAAUGUCCUCAUUGUAAGUCAGAGGAGAGCAACAUGUGCGACCUUCUUAGGAUUAACACCGACAGGGGUGUCAUGCUCAACGAUGGCAAGACCAGGUUCUCCAAAAAUGGACAGCCCAUAUACCACUUUGUCGGAACCUCCACAUUUAGUGAGUACACCGUUGUUCAUGCUGGAUGUGUUGCAAAGAUCAACCCUGCUGCUCCACUUGACAAAGUUUGUGUUCUCAGUUGCGGAAUAUGCACAGGUCUUGGCGCUACCAUUAACGUUGCAAAACCAAAGCCUGGCUCUACUGUUGCAGUCUUUGGACUGGGAGCUGUUGGCCUUGCUGCUUGUGAAGGAGCACGGAUUUCUGGCGCAUCAAAAAUUAUAGGGGUGGAUUUAGUUAACAGCCGAUUUGAGGAAGCCAAAAAAUUUGGGGUCACUGACUUCGUCAACCCAAAAGAACACAGCAAGCCUGUUCAAGAGGUAAUUGCUGAAAUGACCAGCGGAGGAGUUGACCGUGCCAUUGAAUGUACUGGAAGCAUACAAGCCAUGAUCUCAGCAUUCGAAUGUGUUCACGAUGGCUGGGGCGUGGCGGUGCUUGUGGGUGUUCCAAGCAAAGACGAUGCAUUCAAAACUCAUCCAAUGAAUCUGUUGAAUGAGAGGACUCUGAAGGGCACUUUCUAUGGUAACUAUAAGCCCCGCACUGAUCUUCCUAAUGUUGUGGAGAAGUACAUGAAAGGGGAGCUGGAACUGGAGAAGUUCAUAACGCAUACAGUGACAUUCUCAGAGAUCAACAAGGCAUUUGAUUAUAUGCUGAAAGGGCAGUCAAUCAGGUGCAUCAUCCGUAUGCAAGAAUGAGAAUAAAACUGAACAUGUGAUCCGCUUGUGGGAUUGUGGGAAUGCUGUUAUGUGCAGUAUGAAUGGGGGGAGUUGACUGAUUUUUGUCUCUCGGAUUGAACUUUUGGUGACCUGUACCCACGCCACAGUCCACUCCUAGUCGUCAUAUUUCUUUUGUUCAAACUUGAAAUGCCACCAUCAGCUUGUUUAAUUCUUUGUCAAGAGUGUCAUUUCCUAGAUUGUCCUACUGCGUAUGUCAAACGAUAUAAUAAUACUGGAGGGUGGAAAGUUUUCC